CAAUCAAUCAAUCGAGUAGUUACAGAGGAGGAGACACCGUAUAUAGAGUCAAAAUCGACUUCCAACUUUGAUCCAAUUUUUUCCCAAAGAUCCUGAAAAACGAUGUCAUGGCUAGCUCGCUCUAUUGUCGACUCUCUGCGAAUUGACGACGACAAUGAAGAAGAAGAAGGAUGUGAAAAAGAAGAAGAUAAAGAUAAAGAUAAAGAAGACGAUGUUGAAAAUGUUGAUUUACCAAACCCUGAACCACCGCAAUCGGAAGUCAGAUCAAAUGAACAUGAAGUUGUAGAAAAUUAUGAUGAUGAUGAUGAUCGAAUCGGACGAGGUGUCAAGGAAGAUUUCACGGAAUUAAGAGAAUCCCUAACUCGUCAACUGUUGGGCGUCGCCUCUUUUCUCGCUCCUCCUCCUCCUCCUCCGCCACCCCCACCUCCGUUUGGUAAUAAUCGGACUUGGCGGGGGGAACCCGAUCUCCUCAAUUCAGGAUAUGAUUCGUCGGAAGAAUUGUUGGAAUCUUCUGGAAUUUCAGAAAAUCUUGUGCCUUGUCAAGAUGGGUUGGGGGGUUUGCAGUCUAAUAUAUCAACAACUGAUGAAGCCGAUUCUAAUUAUUUCUAUUUUGAAGAGGAUCAACUUGACGAUGUUGUUGGGGUUACUGAAGAGGUUUUGGCUUUUGCAAUUAACAUUGCUCAUCAUCCUGAGACAUGGUUGGAUUUUCCUUUGGAAGAAGAAGAAGAUGACAAUGAUGAUUUUGAUUUGUCUGAUGCUCAAUACAAGCAUGUUUUGGCUAUUCAACAUUACGCUCCUAGAUUAACUGCUCUCAAAAUUGAACUAUGUCCCGCUCACAUGAACGAGAGUUACUUUUGGAUGGUCUAUUUUGUUCUUCUCAAUUCAAGACUAAGUAGACAAGAUGCGGAAGCCUUGUCUACUGCACAGCUUGUGACGGCAAGAACUAUGUGGAUGCGAGAGCUACAAAAACGAACAAAACAAGAAACAGAACGAUUUCGUAGUAGUAGUAGUCAUGGAGAAAGCAAUGCCAGGUCAUCAUGGAAUGGGUGUAUUGACCACUCAACAGAUGAGGAUGAAAACGAGUCUCAUGGAAAUAGAUUACCCCUUAUUUCCGGUCUAGACCCUCUUGCUACAGAUUUUGGGACUGGGAAUCAACGUAUUGUAGAUUCUGAGUUGCAGAUAAUUGACAAGGCUGUAAUUGAAGACAAGGAUUUAGCUGUUGGUUCAUCUUUUAAGUUACCAAUUCUUCAUAAAUACGAUGAAGAUGAUGAGGAUGACGAUUGGCUCAACGAUAAUCCUGAGUUAGAUGGAUACACGAGAACUACAGUUCUUAUGGGAAAUGAAGAAGAUAUAUCAUUCAGCGAUCUAGAAGACAACGAUGACUGUUUUAUUCCGGUGAAAUCUAAGGUGGUUAUCAAAUAGUUUUUGAGAUGUAUAAGUGAAAAUACUAUCUCAAAAAGUGGCUAGAGUCCAAAACCAUGCUUUCCUCCAACAAGAUAAGCUCUUGAGGCGAAAAGUUCUGGUUCUUUCGAAUGUAUAGUUUUAUCGGAUUGAUCUUCUGACUGGAUUUGGACUGAAUUUUGGAGGUUAAGAAUCUCGGCUUGGAUCAGGCAUUCACCUCCACUUUGCAAUUGUAAGUGAUGUUUGUCAAAUACAUGAGUACAUUGUGAAAGUUGAUAGAAGGGUUUUUGGUUUCUAUUUCUUUCUUCUUCUUCUUUUGCUGCUGUAAAAUAGCAGAUUAUAGGCAUUGAUAAUAAUUUAUUGUUCCCCAUUCAUAUAUUUAAUUUGGAUGUGCAUGUAAAGAUCAAGUUUGGUAUUCCUUUGACUUUUGAUUCAAAUGGAAAGGCUUAAACAAAGCCCUUUCUUUACCCCAUUUUAGGCUUUACCUCUUUUA